UGUUUUCAGUGGAUGCUUCCAGGGGACCAAAGCCCCGCGUCACCUCGAGCUGCCUGUCUCGCCGAAGCUAUUUCCACUGCAGCACGAAUUGUAUCCAGGUCAUCCGCAUCGUCUUCAUUUCGGGAUAUAUCCAAAUUAUAUAGUCUUGCGACACCAUCAACUGAAUCUAGGUUCAUCUUUUUCAGCUAGUUGCUAUCGGAUUAUUGUCCUCACACAGCGACCCAAGUCCUCCACUCAAGCCCCAACAGCAUUGCGUCGGUAUCACCUCAACACCCCGCAAACCCCAAGUCACAGGGCAGAGCUGCGCAGCUUCAACUCGACUCUCAACCUUCAACCACCACCAUCCUCACGAGUCUUCCCGGCGUCUCCAAUCCUUCAACACAGUCGCAUACCCAAAUUAGCCUCGGCGCAUACAUCUACUCAAAAUGGCGACCCAAUACGAAGUCGAACACAACAUUAAACCCUCCUCCACCGCCCCCCGCCGCCGCAAAGUCGACAUGUCAACCUUUACUUCCCACCUGCACAACAUCGCUCCCGAACCCUCCACCUCCACCUCCAACUCCUCGCAGUCACAGUCGCAGCACCACAACAACCCGCACGCGACCCCCAACCCCGUCGACCUCGCCGCCCUCUACCGACUACUCCAAGACCAAAUGGGCGUGCUCGCCCUCUCGGCACCGACCGACGAAAACCGCAACUUUCUCAACUCGCUGAUCGAUUCCUUGGAGGAGGACAUCCACCGCCCGCCCACGCAAAUCGAGGGUGUCUCGCAAGAGUUUCUGGAUGGGCUGGACAGAGUGGACCGGAAGAAACUAAAGGAGGACGAGCAGUGCCCGAUUUGCGCCGAGAGGUAUCUGGAUGAUCAGUAUUGCUUGGUGGUGGAGUUGCCGUGUCAUCAUAGCCAUCGGUUUGAUCUUGAGUGUGUGGGGCCGUGGUUGAGGAGUAAGGGGACUUGUCCGAUGUGUAGGAAGGAGAUGGGGAAGAGGAGGGAGGUGGUGAUUGAGAAGAAAGAGGAAGAGGAAGAGGAAGAGGAGGAUGAUAUGGAUGGGCUGUAUGCUUGAGGGAUUGGGUAGGAAGGAGAAGGAGGAAUGAAUGGAGUUUCCAAGGAUGGAUGGUAUACCACGUGAACACAUUGCGCUGGAUGGAUGAUGUAUAUAUAUAUAAAGCGUCACAUGAUUGAUGUUGAGUACCAGGAAGCAAGCAUGAUGUCGAUGUCUAUUAGGCCUAUAUGCCGAUAGGAGCAACAGUCCUGUUGUACCUGUACCAUCUCCCAUACCAUCGACAUAACAAAACAAAAGCCAACAAAUGGAAUCCAUUAUAUCUCAUAACGCAAGAUGCAACCCAUAACCGUCUUCUCAUCCCCGGUAUAAUCCGUCAUGGCGAUCGAUCCUCCAUUAUCUCGCGGCAGCACCCUCCUCCUUAACACGAGUCCUCUUUUCCUGGCAGAAUCCUGUUCCUUCAUACCAGUCCUGUUAUGUAAACGAUAUCGCUCGCAUCCGUCUCAAUCCCCUCAAGCAUCCAUCCUUCGCACUCAACCUCCUACUCCUUACUCCCAUGAUAGUUCGUCGUUCCCCCCUUCUUACUCCCCGCCGCCGGCCCACCACUCUUCUUCUUCUUCUUCUCCUUGUCCCCACCAGCCGUCGUUUUCUCUCCCUUGGACAUGUCGCCCUCGGUAGGAUUAUCGCCCUGGGGCUUGGAGAACUUCCUGUUCGCACCCGAAGUUUCAAGCGGGUUGCCGUUGGACUCCUUGCCCGCUGACUCGGUCUCUUCCUUGGGCCUGGUCUUGUUGGGGUCAAAGGCCGUCUUGUCGAGGUGCGCCACGUCGUCGUCCGAGGCCGAGACGGUCCCUUCGGAGCUGGCUGGGCGGAGCGUGGUCCGGUCGGAUUCAAAGUCUUUGGCUGUUUGGAGGGAGGCAGUGGGGUGGUAGGCGCGGGUUGACACUGACAUGAGGGGAGGAGUGGAUCUCGUGAUGGAGAUGGAGAUGAUGGAUCCGGUUUGGACAGGUUGGUUUGUGGCGGCGGCGCUGGCCCGGAGGAGGGCCGUAGCGCGGGUGAAGAGGGUUCGGGAGGCCAUUUGUGAUUGUAGCGGUUUGA